AACAUGGCUGUGGCUUUUACCCAACUCCAAGUCCUGAAUUCCCUGCCAAAUAAUCCAAUUACUGAAAUCACAGCUCACGAAACAGGGGCUUGUGCUGAUGCACCGAUUGUUCAUUCUGUUAAAAUUUUUGAUGUGAUAGGAUCUUUGAAAUUAGAUAACAAAACAAUUAUUCGUCGUCUAUCAGUCGAUCCAUGUGUUAAUAACUUGUCAGAUUGGAAGGAAAAUGCAACUAUUCAUUUUGAUCGAUUCCUUCGCAACAAACAAUUCUACCUUUCCUAUACAGAUGUCGAAGGAAACCCAUCGACUAUAAUAGACUCGGACGAAAAACUCGCAGCAAUAUUAAGAUUACAUCAACACAAACUUUCUGCCUUUCAAGGUAAUUCCUUGCCUGCUUUAGAACUGAAACUAGAGACUACAGACGAGUCCUUUAUUGCUGCCUCCGUCGAACUGUUUGAAACAUCUAUCAGACAAGAUUGCGGUAAUGACAAGGACCUGGCCACCUGUGAUUGUGUUGGUUGCGGAAAAACGGUCACAAUGGGUUUGGCCUAUAAGUGCCUUCACUGUAAUAACAUCUACAUUUGCGAUGACUGUAAAACAACAGAUGAAAAGCACAGCCUUCAUCUCUUGAUUCCAUGCCUUAUUUUAAUACUCGGUUCCGAAUAUAACUGCAAUAGACAAGCUGAUGUACCCGUCCAACUUAUAGAAGAGACUAAUGGCAAUAGCAAAUAGUGAUCCUUCGCCAAGCUAAAUACAAUGGAGUUACCACGUGUAAAAGCAUCCCAAAAAGCUUAUGCAGCUCUGUUUCCACUUCUGUUUCUAUGUAAAUUCAGGGCAUAAAAUGUUCUGUGUUCAAAUGAUACUGACAAAAGUGCUGCCACAAAUCUCAUCGACACACAAAUCAAAUAAAAGAUCAAAUUAGCA